AUGAAUCACUUUUCAAUUCACAAUCAAAACAUAGAAACCUUAAUAAACAACCUAUCAAAAACCCUACAACUAGACAACCUACCAUACCAUUUACCGAUCAUAUUAAGUUCAACUUUAACAUGUUUUGUUUUACAAUCCAUCUCACAUCAAAUCCUUUCACCUAAAUGUUUUCCAAAACAUUAUCCUAAUUUAUCUUCCUUUACUAAAUUCAAUUGGGAUACUCAUUUUGUGGCUUGGGUUCAUUCUUUUUUUGCUACUUUUAUUGGUUGUUGGUUUUUAUUGAAUUAUGAUCGGUUUCAAGAAUUACAUGAUGAUAAGUUAUUUGGGUAUAAUCCUUUUGCUGUGAAUCUUUUAUCAAUUUCAACCGGUUAUUUUUUAUGGGAUAUAGCCGUUAGUACAUUAAUGGUCAUCAAAGGGAAUGGGAUCGGUUUCUUUUUACAUGCUGCAAGUUGUUUUAUAGCUUUUCUUUAUACAAUCAAACCUUUUGGUGGUUAUUAUGGAUUCGUGUUUCUCUUGUGGGAGUCAUCUACUAUCUUUUUAAAUCCGCAUUGGUUUUUCGAUAAGAUAGGUAUGACAGGAUCUAAAGCCCAAAUGUAUAAUGGAAUUGCACUCUUGAUAACAUUUUUCCUAUCAAGACUAGUUUUGGGUAAUUAUGUUUCUUAUGAAAUCUUUGUUAGUACUUCUCAACCUGGUGUUAGUGAAAGAGUUGGAAGGAAAACUUUAAAUACGAUUUUAUCUUUAGAUGUCUUAUUGUCAGUUUUGAAUGUUUACUGGUUCUAUCAAAUGAUUUCAAGUAUAAAAAAGAGAAUGAAAUCAAAACCAAAUCAAAAAAGGAAAAAUCAAUGA